AUGGGCGACCCCAUUGCUACAUAUGAGAUCCAGAGACAGCUUGACACCUCAGCUCAAACAGCCUUCAGCGAUUUCUCAGAUCCCUCGUUGUUGGUGAAGCUGGGAACUGCCCUGGCGGUCACAGUUGCCAAGGAAAGUGUGCUACCGGGCGGAAUGUCCGUGAGAGAGAUAGGGGUGAGGGACCCACUCGAUCUUUGUUGUGGUUGCGGACCUACCAUAGUCGUUCCUGCCAAGAUGGUCAGUGACCCAGGCAAGCUCACUGUAAGAUUUGACGCCAGCAGCAUGGGAACAGUGGUCCGGCAUGUUUAUGCUUUUGUGCCGCUAGACGACUUCAGAUGCGUGGCCACAGACUCUGUUGAGAUACUUUCGGCACCCUGGUGCUUGGGUGCUUUCGUCACGCGAACUGCGCAAGCCUCCCACACAAGGACGAUGGAUGCACUUCAGAAGCACUACGCGGGGCACGCGUAG